AUGCCCAACGACGACGCAUUCAGCAAGCCCUCGGCACCGUCGGAGGCCCCGCACGCCCCCGGGGCACCACCGCAGGGCAAGGCCGGGGGCUUUGGCAAAGCGGCAGGAGGGCUCCUGGGCUCUGCGGGCGCCGGGGGCAGCGGCGGCGGCUCGGGGGCGUCGGGCAUGGGCGCUGGGAGCAAGAAGUCCCCACGGCUGCCCAAGUGCGCGCGAUGCAGGAACCACGGCUAUGCGUCGCCGCUCAAGGGCCACAAGCGCUUCUGCAUGUGGCGGGACUGCCAGUGUAAGAAGUGCAACUUGAUCGCCGAGAGACAGCGCGUGAUGGCCGCGCAGGUGGCCCUGAGAAGGCAGCAGGCUCAGGAGGAGGAAUUGGGGAUCAGCCACCCCAUCCCGCUGCCCAGCGCGGCUGAGCUGCUUGUCAAGAGAGAGAACAGCGGCAGCAACCCGUGCCUGAUGACUGAGAGCAGCAGCUCCUCGCAGCCCCCGCCGGCCAGCACCCCCACCACCGCAGCGUCAGGGCCAGAGGCACGCAUGGUCAUCCAGGAUAUUCCUGCUGUCACCAGCAGAGGGCACGUGGAGAACACACCUGACGUGGUUUCGGACCCCACCUACUACAGCGGCUUCUACCAGCCGUCUCUGUUCCCUUACUACAACAAUCUGUACAACUACCCGCAGUACUCUGUGGCCUUGGCUGCCGACGCCUCUUCUGGGGAUGUGGGAAGCCCCCUCGGGGGAUCCCCCAUGAAGAACAGCCUUCGGAGCCUCCCAGCACCGUAUGUGCCUGGUCAGACAGGAAACCAGUGGCAGAUGAAAAACUCCGAGAACCGUCACGCAAUGAGUUCCCAGUACAGGAUGCAUUCUUACUACCCGCCUCCCUCCUACCUGGGCCAGAGCGUGUCCCAGAUCUUCACUUUUGAGGAGGGCCCCUCUUACGCGGAAGCCAAAGCAACUGUGUUCUCGCCACCCAGCAGUCAAGAUUCUGGCUUGGUUUCCCUCUCCAGCAGCUCUCCUAUUAGUAACGAGAGCACAAAGGGAGUGCUCGAAUGUGAGUCCGCCUCGGAGCCCAGCAGCUUCACGGUCACUCCCGUCAUCGAGGAGGACGCAUACAAUCAGUCAGAUAAUGACUUAAUUGGAUUUUACAGAAGAUUGAGUUUUAUUGCCCAGUGCUUUACGAGUUUAGUUAAGGAAGAUCAUUUUAUCACACUUGUCAGGCUGCUGCUACUGCAGCCGUGUGCCCUUCGGGGCGGCUGUAGCUGUAGCUAUUGUGACGGCGACGCCGGGAGGCUACCGGGCGCGCAGGACAGUGACCCGGCCGCGGAAUCGCCACCUCCAAGGCGUUAA